AUGGAAGGGGAGAUGGGAAGGAGUGGAAGCAGCAGCAACAGCAGCAGCAAGAAGAGGAAGAUGUGGCUUUUUAAGAGGUUAAAGUUGAAGGAAUCUUGGAGAUGGAGAUUGAAGUUUUUGGGGUCUGCUUUCAAGUGGAAACGGCUUAACAUACAGCUUUCUUUUUUUGAUGAUUUGAUUUUCAAGAUUGUCUCUGUUUUAGAGGCUAUUGUCUUGGUUAUUCCUUUGUGCUUCUUUUUCCUUUGCUGUGGUUGCCAUUUUUGA